AUGGAUGAACAAUUUGAUUUUCGAGCUUUAUUACUUAAACUUCAAGAUUGUUUAUCAGAUAAUGAUCGACGACGUCUUCAUUUUAUUGUUGGUGAUACUAUACCAAGACGUUUACGUGAUAAUCCAACACUUGGUGGUACGCUUGAUCUUCUUGAAUCACUUUUUGAUCAAGCAAAAAUAAGCGAACAAGAUUUUGAUUAUUUAAUUCAUACAUUCAAUGAAAUACAUUGUUAUCAAGCAGUUCAACGACUUAAAGAACAUCAAUUAGUUCAAAAACAAAGAAAUCAAAAUGAAACUAUUAUAAAUCUUCCAGAUUUAUUUGAUGAUAACGAAGAAGAUACAAUGAAUCCUAACCAAAAUCUUUCUGAUUGUGUGUCAUCAAACGAUUCACAACAACGUGAUUCUGCAUCAAGUCAAGUAACGAUAUCAUUCAAUGCAAACGAUAUUCAUAAUGAUACAUUACAUUUAACAAAAACACAAAUUCAAUCUGAAACGAAACAAUUUAAGAUAAAUUUAAUAUUUUUAAAACAAAAACUUAAAUCACGAUUAACAAAAUGUCAACUUAUUUUCUUUCUUUUACAUAUUAUUUGUAUUCUUAUUUUAAUAUUACUUAUUAUUUUUUUAACAAAAUCAAAGCGUUCAAUAUCAGGUAUUUUAUUGAUUCAAUCAGGUGAUUUCUAUGGAAAUAGAGGAGGUGGAUAUGAAUUUAAUGAUGCUCGUGAUUGUCAAUUAACUUUAUAUGAUAAAAUAGUAACUAUUAGUGCUGGUUGGACAUCCGAUACACUUGACUAUGUAACGUUUCUUUAUUCAAAUAAACGAUCGAUGCAACGUGGUCGUCAAACAUAUCGUUAUUCACCAUAUAUCUCUGAAUUUGUUUUGAAUCCUGAUGAAAGUAUUAAUCGUGUAACAAUUUAUACAAAUACACGUCUUAUUGAUAAUCCUUUUGCACCAAAUGGUACAUUUCUUGUUGUUGGUUUACGUUUUUAUACAGAUAAAGAACGAUCAAGUGAACUAUUUGGUUCAUCUAAUGGAACACAAAUGGAUGAAAGUUUUUCAAAUUUUACAUUGGCUUAUAUUCGAGGCAAUGCACUUGGAUAUAUCGAUGCACUACAAUUUAUUUGGUAUAGACAAAUUUCACCAUCGAGUGCUGCAACUUUACUAACGAAUUAA